AUGAGGUCAGAUGAGGGCGUCAGAUCCCCUGCAGCUGGUGUAACAGCAUCUAUACACUUUAUAACCGGUCUGUCGGCAGAAGCCUGGGCUCCAAGGCCGACAGGAGAAAGGGAACUGAUUUCCGAAUGCUCCAACACGGCUUUAAGGAAGGGUCCUCCAGAUGUGACAACCAUACUAGAUUUGUCCCAUAACCUCCUUUUUAAACUCAGGAGCUCAGAUUUCCACUCUUUCUCCAAACUGCACUUUCUGAUCCUAUGCCAUAACUUUGACCUGAACAAGGAUUUAAGCUAUUUAGACUUGUCUUACAAUAGACCAGAGAUCAUAAUUUGGCUUCCCUUGACAGGUCUCAGACAUUUAGAUCUUUCUUUUAACGACUUUGACACUCUGCCUACCUGUGAAGAGAUUGGCAGCAUGCCACAUCUGGAAACCUUAGGCUUGAGCGGAUGAAAAAUACAGUAAUUAGAUCUCCAGAAAUCUGCUCAUUUGCCUCUCAGUGUCACGUCAUCAGGGCUGAGCACCCUUUCUCAGUAUGAAGAAGGCAGCCUGCCCACCCCAGACACAGCGGCCCAUCACAUUGUUUUACCGAGGAAUACAAAUUUCUGGGUGCUUUCCUGUGGUGGGAUAAAGACUAAAAAAAUAGUAGACGUGACAAAUAUAGAUGGCAAGAGCCAGUUUGUAAGUUAGGAGACUCCCCGAGGUCUUAUUGUGGAGAAUGCCAGGGCGUCCGCUCCGAUAGUUCAUAAAGGGCUUUUCUGGGAUGACCCUCCCCACAUCUUCCAGUUCCUGUGGCAGACGUCAAUGGAAUACCCCCAAAGUCUGCCUUACUUGAAAACUCUUGUUUUGAGAGCCAGCAAACUGGAGAUGCUUUCUCUGCUGAGUCUCUAUGCCAGCUGCGUGCCCUUGUUUCACUUGGCUCUGCGCCAGAACCUAUUAUGUCAUGGAAAUAGAGAACAUUGUGUGUGGCCAGACACCUUGGUCAUUUUGAACUUGUCAUCCACUAAAUUUGGUUCUGUCUUCAGAUGUUUACCCAGAAGUGUUCAAAUACUUGAUCUGAACAAUAACGAAAUCUGAGCAGUCGCUAAAAAGAUUACAUACCCGCGUUCUUUAUGAGAGCUAAGUGUUGACUUUAAUUUUCUAACUGACCUCCCUGGGUGCAAUCAUUUCACACAGAUGGAUUUAAUUGUCAGCCAAUCUCCGAAUUUUUUUUUUUUUUCCUGGAGCUGCCAAGAGGCAAAGACUCUAAAUGCAGGAAAAAAUCCACUCUAGGGUACUUGUGAAUUAAGAGAUUCCAUUUGGCUUGAAAAACAUUCCAAGGACCAGAUGGUCGGAUGGCCAGACUCAUACGCCUGUGAGUACCCUUUGUGUCUCAAGGGGACUCCAGUAAAAGAUGCUUAUCUUCCUGAAUUCUCUUGCGACACAACCUUGUUAACUGUCACCAUGGGGCUGAUGGGUUCUGGGUUCUGGGAAGACAAUCUGGAGACACAAGAUGGCUCUGUGUUGAUUUGUCUUCCCUGGAGAAACUUUGACCCUGACAGGAGCAUUGCUGAAAAUACUAUAAGCUACACCCCCCCACACACACACACAAAACAACCAAAAAACUGCUUCUCUGGGGAGGUGGUCCUGAAGAAAGCCGAUGGAGGGCGCUGGGGAGUCACUGGAUGCCAGGCUGGAUGCAUGGCAACACUGCUGUUAAGAAAUAAAUGCACGCCAGCUGGGAAACCCCUGACAAUCACGUGUGCAGAUGUUGCCCCCUGCAAAGAAACGGACAGAGAUGGGGCCUGGAGCCUGCAGAUAAUCUUCGCAUGUGCUGCAGGACGAUGA